CGCUAUAUCUGUGUGUGACGCCUAGCCUGUGUUGUGAGGAGAGAGUUACACUUGUUUGUCAACAAUCAUACUUGUGAUUUCUUGCCGGUGAUUUUAACAGUUUUGCAUUUUUAGACGACUGGAGUGAUGUGACGCACAAGUUUGCCAUCCAGAUUCAUCGAGGCUCAUUCAAGAAUUCGGUAACAAUCCUUUGACUGGAAUCCAUCUCUUCCCUGUGGUCUCAUCACCAAUGUAACGAUGCCGAUGGAAGGGAACCUCAAGAAGGGAACCAAGCAGCGUUUAUCAAUACGUAGCAGGACACAAGAAGCAGACAUGCGUACACCCAGGAUGGCCGAAGAUGAGAGUAUUCUCCCUCCAGAGAUGCGUUCUCGAAUCUGGAAACUCUUCAGACAGAUUGAGAGGGAACUUGAAGGGAUGUAUGAAGAAAACAUUGCAUUGCAACAGAAAGUGGAGAUCCUGACUGAUAAGCUUGAUGCAAUCCAGUCUGGCAAGUCCUUCAGUGAGGCGGGAGCUAGUAUUGAUGGAGCAGAAAGCUCAUCUAAGCUUAGCGUCAAGAGUAAAGCUUCAAGUCAGCUAAGCCAGCUCAUACUAAAGCCCAAAGCCAAAGGAGCUGGUGGAAAGACUGUGUUUAGUUUCAAAGGUACAAGUAGCACUGGUUGUCAGCUGAUGCAUCAUUAUAAUGGACACAGUGAUGGGGUAUGGGAAGUCAGUGUGUCAAGAGGGGAAGCUCCACUUCUUGCUACAGCUUCUGCAGAUCGCACAGCUCGUCUUUGGUGCAUAGAAACCCAUUCUUGUGUCCUGCAGUAUCUUGGCCAUCUUGGUUCAGUUAAUUCAGUCAGAUUCCAUCCAUCAGAACCACUCCUUCUUACAGCUUCUGGUGACAACACAGCUCAUGUGUGGAAAUCCAAUGUCAGUCUUCCUACCAUAGGACAGCAACCCGAAAGUAGGUCAUGUCCAUCAUCAGGAGAUGAUAUAGAUGGUUCAGAUAAGGAAGAUAUCGAUGGUCAGGAGAGUGAGAACAUUAUCUAUGUGAAGGCUCCUCAAGUUCUGCUGGAAGGCCAUACUAGUGUUCUUAUUGCAGCCGAUUGGUUAGCUGGGGGUAAACAACUUGUCACUGCUUCUUGGGAUAGAACGUCAAACCUUUAUGACCUAGAAACUUCAGCAAUUGUACAUACGCUAACAGGGCAUGAUCAAGAAUUGACGCACGCCUGUUCCCAUCCGUCUCAGAAGAUGGUUGUGACCUCAUCAAUGGAUACAACGUUUCGUCUUUGGGAUUUCAGGGAUCCAAGCAUCCACUCGGUCAAUGUAUUCCAGGGGCAUACAGACUCGGUGACAUCUGCGGCCUUUGCAUCGGGUGACAAGGUAGUGAGUGGUUCAGAUGACAGAACAGUGAAGGUGUGGGACUUGAAGAAUAUGAGAACACCUCUUGCCAUGAUCAGGACCGAUUCUCCUGUCAACAGACUGUCUGUAUCACCCACAAGCAACAUUAUGGCUAUUCCUCAAGAUAAUAGGAACAUUAGACUGUACGAUUUGAAUGGUGUAAGGGUUGGUAGGCUACCACGGAGUAACAGACAGGGUCAUCAUCGAAUGGUGUGCUGUACAGCUUGGAAUGACGAGACUGCAUCGUGCAAUCUAUUCAGCUGUGGCUUCGAUCGUCAGGUUCUUGGUUGGCAUGUUGGAAUGAUACCCAGCUAGUGACUCCACCCACAGUCCAUUCAAGCCACCAAGCUUGUGACUUUGAUAGACAAUUUCAAGCCUAUGGUGAACAGGGUGUCCAGUGAUAUUUGUCGUAUUUAUAAUGUAUUUAUUGGGAAAAUGAAGCUUGUAUGCUGCUUUUUGAACAAUUAGGGUGUUCAAGGAUAUCUGUAGUACCUACCUGAUCCCAAAGAUACAAAAUGACUGGAUUAACUAUAGUUGGUUUAUUCCUGUUUUGCUUCAGUUGAUUUUUAUUUAUGAGAAAGAUGAAAAUUGUAAACUACUUUCUAAAGACACAGGAUGUCCAAGGAUAUUUGUAGUACAUGCUUAAUCCCAAAGAUAAAAGAUUACCAGAUUACAAGAGUCAGUUUAUUCUUACAUUUUUAGAUUCUGUUCUAUUCAUUAGGAAAUGAAGCUUGUAAACUGCUUCUUGAACAAACAUUGGUGUUGCAUUCAUCUUUUUUUAUAACCUUGUUCAGAUUGUAAUUAGCUGUACCAUGUGCUGAGAGUUUUUAUUUGCUGUCAUGGAUUUAUGGUCACUGAUAUAGUAACUUGUAGAUGUGUCAUGGUCUGAUGGUUAAAUCAAAAUCAGUAGGUUUGGGUUCAAAUCCUACCAAUGCAGCUCUGAUGCUUUGUUACUGGCAAGACAUUGAUCUUAAUUUGCUACAUUCAAUCAGGGUUGGGGUAGAUGUUAAUGUGGCAGAAAUUUGCUCCUUGAAAUGGGAUAGGAAUCCCACCUCUGGUGCCUGUGUCCUGUCACAAGACAUUGGUCAAAGUUUGUGACCCUCAACCCAGGGGGCUGUUAUUAUAAAGCUGUUCAUAAGUUAAGAAUGACUUUAAGAACAACUGGUGAUCCUUCCUUGUGAUAAAAAUGAUCAUUGAGGAUUAUUUAGCGUGUAAGAAAGGUUCACCAGUCGUUCUUAAAGUUGCUCUUACGAAUAGCUUUAUGAAACACCCACCAGGUUAAGUAAUUGGAUACGUGGUAGGAAUGGUUUCCUUGAAAUGUAGGUUUGAGUCCUGAUGCAGACCUCAAUGUCCUUUUGCCAGACAUUGGUCUACGUUUGUCAUCCCCAACCAAGGUAAGGUAUAAAUUGGAUACAUGGUAGGAAUUGUUGCCCAGAAAUGGGAUUAGAGUCCCAGUGCAGGCCUCAUUUUGCCACACAUUGAUCUGCAUUUGCCACCCUCAACCCAGGUGAGGUGAAUGGGCUCAGUGUAGAAAUAAGUCCUUGAAAUGGGGUUUGAAUCCCUUACAUUUCACAGUGAUCUGUGUUUGUUGACCUCGCUCAAGGUGAGGUUAAAGUGAACAUGGUGGAAUACAUUCCUUGAAAUGCUAUAAUGACAUUCUGACAAUUAUGCUUAAUCUGAGGUAAUGAUUGUAGUGCUGCUAGAGUGGGCUACUAGUAGUGUUGUAUCUCAUAAAGGUUUGAACUAUGUAAGAACCCAUUAUUAUUUAAAUUAUAAUUAUUUUGAAGCAGCUGCAAGGAUAGAAUAGAUAUAGACAUUUAGACAUCUGUGCCAUGAAGAGAUUAGCAAUUAUAGAGAUUCGUUUUAUAUCACUUGAGCCAUUCUUUGCCAAUUCUCUCAUAGAUCUAUAUCGAUAAUGCAUAUAAUUAUACCAGAUUGCAUCUUUUGUAUAUACCAAAAUAAUUCUUAAUCCUAACCUCUUAUGCAAAAUUUGUGACUGCACUCAAGAGCCCUAUGUUACGACAUGGUUUACACAAGGGUUUCUUGUCAAAUCUUGGGCAUUUUUUUAUACUUAACGUAUGAGAAACAGACAAAGGGUUGUCGGUCACUGCCCUUUUUCUCGGAUAACAGUAAAAACAGAUAAAUGCUCUUUAUCUGUUGCUUUUCACUCACCUUUUCUCCCCCCGUCUCUCAUCUUUCUUUUCUGUAAUGUAUUUUAUAAAAUUUCUUUCUCAAUUUAUUCAUACUUUCUUUUUUUCUUCCUUUCUUAUCUUCUUACUUUCUUUCUACCCUUCCCUCUUCUCUCCCCUGAAAGGAGAGGGAAGACUCAAGUCCACAGCUGUUUGCUAUUUCAAUACCACUCUUCAAACAAUGAAUAUAUUAUUCAUUCAUUAAAUCAAGUAGGGUCUUUAUUUUCAUAUUCUCAGGUUUUAACUGCAAUGUGAAUUAAUACCAUUAUACAUAGGUUUUAUGUUAUCUAUUUUAUGUGCUACGAUUUCCCAUAAUUUAUUUCUUUGACAUAUUGUUAUUUGAGAUUGGACGUGAUAUCUUAUCAUGCAUAUAUAUGUUUUGAGGCACAGAACUUAUAUCAUCAGAAGAAAAAGUUUUCUUAUGCAUUUUUUAAUGCAAAGGAGGUAUGAGGAAAUCAUGUAGAUAAUAAUUUUAGUUCAUGCCCCUUAAAGGUAAAAGACUGUAGUUGCAGCAAAAAAUUAUUUUAGGAGAAAGUCUUUUAAAUCAAGGUUAAUCGUGAAGUUUAUUAUCAUACAUCUAGAUCUGGUACAUUAAUGUAAACUUAUCUUUGUAAAAUCAUGAAAUCUUAACUCAAAAUCGAUAACUCUGAUCAU